GCUGUGCAGGGCAGGGAAACUCCAGGAACACAGCCAGCAAACAGCAGCACGCAGCUAAAAGGAAGACUCAGAGAAGACAGUUGAAGAAGGAAAGUGGCGAUGGACCUCAUCCCAAAUUUGGCGGUGGAAACCUGGCUUCUCCUGGCUGUCAGCCUGGCGCUCCUCUAUCUAUAUGGGACCCGUUCACAUGGACUUUUUAAGAGACAGGGAAUUCCAGGGCCCACACCUCUGCCUUUUUUGGGAAAUAUUUUGUCCUAUCGUCAGGGUAUCUGGAAAUUUGACACAGAAUGUUAUAAAAAGUAUGGAAAAAUGUGGAGAACGCAAGAUGGUCAACUCCCUGUGCUGACCAUCACAGAUCCCGACAUGAUCAAAACAGUGCUAGUGAAAGAAUGUUAUUCUGUCUUCACAAAUCGAAGGCCUUUAGGUCCAGUGGGACUUAUGAAAAGUGCCAUCUCUUUAGCUGAGGAUGACGAAUGGAAGAGAAUACGGUCAUUGCUGUCUCCAACCUUCACCAGCGGAAAACUCAAGGAGAUGUUCCCCAUCAUUGCCCAGUAUGGAGAUGUGUUGGUGAGAAACUUGAGGCGGGAAGCAGAGAAAGGCAAGCCUGUCACCUUGAAAGACAUCUUUGGGGCCUACAGCAUGGAUGUGAUCACUGGCACAUCAUUUGGAGUGAACAUCGACUCUCUCAACAAUCCAAAAGACCCUUUUGUGGAAAGCAUUAAGAAGUUCCUAAAAUUUGAUUUCUUAGAUCCAUUAUUUCUCUCAAUAGUACUCUUUCCAUUCCUUAUCCCAGCUUUUGAAGCAUUAAAUGUCUGUCUGUUUCCAAAAGAUGCCAUAAAUUUUUUAAGUAAAUCUGUAAACAGAAUGAAAAAAAGUCGCCUCAACGACAAACAAAAGCGCCGAGUGGAUUUCCUUCAGCUGAUGAUUGACUCUCAGAAUUCGAAAGAAACUGAGUCCCACAAAGCUCUGUCUGAUCAGGAGCUCCUGGCCCAAUCAAUUAUCUUCAUUUUUGCUGGCUAUGAAACCACCAGCAGUGUUCUUUCCUUCACUAUAUAUGAACUGGCCACUCACCCUGAUGUCCAGCAGAAACUGCAGAAGGAGAUUGAUGCAGUUUUGCCCAAUAAGGCACCUGCCACCUACGAUGCCGUGGUACAGAUGGAGUACCUUGACAUGGUAGUGAAUGAAACACUCAGAUUAUUCCCAAUUGCUAUUAGACUUGAGAGGGUCUGCAAAAAAGAUGUUGAAAUCAAUGGGGUGUUCAUUCCCAAAGGGGCAAUGGUGGUGAUUCCAACCUAUGCUCUUCACCAUGACCCAAAGUACUGGAGAGAGCCUGAGGAGUUCCGCCCUGAAAGGUUCAGUAAGAAGAACAAGGACAGCAUAGAUCCUUACAUAUACACACCCUUUGGAACUGGACCCAGAAACUGCAUUGGCAUGAGGUUUGCUCUCAUAAACAUGAAACUUGCUCUAAUCAAAGUCCUUCAGAACUUCUCCUUCAAACCUUGUAAAGAAACACAGAUCCCCUUGAAAUUAGGCAACCAAGGCCUUCUUCAAUCAGAAAAACCCAUUGUUCUAAAGGUUGAGUCAAGAGAUGGAACCCUAAGUGGAGAAUGAGUUAUUCUAAGGACUUCUACUUUGUUCUUCAAGAAAGCUGUGCCCCAGAACACCAGAGAUCUCAAUUUACUUUCUCAAUAAAACCUUGAAAUAAAGAUGGGCUUAAUCUACUGUA